AGAUACACAUUACACACAACACAAGCGCUGUAUAUUGGCGUCUCCCAUCACUCGCAGCAGUUGUGUGUAAAACCCUAAAGCCCAAUCAACUUUAAUCCGCGAUCUCUCUUGAUUCAUCACUCAACCUACACACACACAUAUCUCUCUCCAAUCUUCAAUCUCUCUCUCUCUCUCUCUCGUUCGCUGACGUCACAGCUGAAUCUGCUCACACACAUUUGUCAAAUCUGUGAUUAAUUCAAGUGGUGAACAAGGCUGGCGAGUGUUAAUUCCAGGUGAUGGCGGAUCUGCCAGGUGUCCGUCAACGAAGUGGAGGCGAUUUGAUUGAGAUUUUAGUUGUGUUAGGGUUUGAAAGAUUUGGUGAUUGUGGAGUUGAAGUUGAGGUUGAAGUAUGCUGACUGUGUUGAGAGUUCACCUUCCGUCCGAUAUUCCGAUUGUUGGUUGUGAGCUUACUCCGUAUGUGUUGCUUAGGCGUCCCGAUAAGUCGGUUAGCACGGAUGAUGUUAAUGAAUUUGGUCCUGUUGAUGGUCAUUUCUUGAGAUAUAAGUGGUACCGAAUACAAAGUGAUAAGAAAGUUGCCAUCUGCAGUGUACAUCCGUCUGAGCAAGCAACUUUGCAGUGCAUGGGAUGUGUCAAGGCUAAGAUUCCUGUUGGCAAGAGUUAUCAUUGUUCUUCUAAAUGUUUUUCCGAUGCGUGGCAACAUCAUCGUGUUCUACAUGAACGUGCCGCUAGUGCUGUUAAUGAAAAUGGAAAUGAAGAGGAAGAACUAUUUGGACGCUUUAAUAGCACUGGAUCUGGCGGGUUAGCUAUUUCACAAUCUAAUUCCAGCCUGUCAAAUGGUACGACUCCUCUAUAUCCUGCUGCAGUUGCACAAAGGAAUGGUGGGGAAACCUGGUUUGAAGUUGGAUAUGCUAAAACCUAUACACCAACAGCUGAUGAUAUCGGCCAUGUACUUAAGUUUGAGUGUGUUGUUGUAGAUGCAGAAACAAAAUUACCAGCAGGGCAUGUCAACACUUUAUUAACAUCUCGUGUUAUCCCAGCUCCAUCUCCCACUCCACGUCGCUUGAUUUCGGUCAGUGGAGUUGAUGUGACAGGUCAUCUUGACUUAGAUGGUCGUUUAUCAUCUUCAGGAACUUUUACUGUGCUGUCAUACAACAUUUUAGCUGAUGCAUAUGCUACAAAUGAGUUAUACAGUUACUGCCCUUCUUGGGCUCUUUCAUGGCCAUACCGUAGGCAGAAUUUGUUAAGAGAAAUAGUUGGUUACCGUGCAGAUAUCGUUUGCCUUCAAGAGGUUCAAAGUGACCAUUUUGAUGAAUUUUUUCUCCCAGAGUUGGACAAACAUGGAUACCAAGCGCUGUUCAAAAAAAAAACGGCCGAGGUUUUUAGUGGCAAUGGGAAUACCAUUGAUGGCUGUGCUACUUUUUUCCGCAGAGAUAGAUUUUCACAUGUCAAAAAAUAUGAGGUUGAGUUUAAUAAAGCUGCACAAUCUUUGAUCGAUGCUUUGGUUCCGAAUGCUCAGAGGAGAUCUGCUUUAAACCGUUUGGUCAAGGACAAUGUUGCACUGAUAGUGGUUCUUGAAGCCAAGUUCAGUAAUCAGGGAGUUGAUAAUCCUGGGAAACGUCAGCUUGUCUGUGUGGCCAAUACGCAUGUGAAUAUCCACCAGGAUUUGAAGGAUGUCAAGAUUUGGCAGGUCCACACUCUCUUAAAAGGGUUGGAAAAAAUAGCUGCCAGUGCUGACAUCCCGAUGUUGGUAUGUGGGGAUUUCAAUUCAGUGCCCGGAAGUGCUCCUCAUGCACUUUUGGCAUUGGGAAAAGUAGAUCCUAUGCAUCCAGAGCUGGCUGUGGACCCUCUCGGAAUUUUGCGCCCUGCCAACAAGCUCUUGCAUCAGCUGCCAUUGGUCAGUGCAUACUCGUCUUUUGCAAGAAUUGGUGCUGGUCUCGGCUUUGAGCAGCAAAGAAGGAGGAUGGAUCCUAACACAAAUGAGCCUUUGUUCACAAAUUGCACUAGGGAUUUUAUUGGCACCCUUGAUUACAUAUUUUACUCAGCGGACUCAUUGACAGUAGAGUCUUUGUUAGAGCUUUUGGAUGAGGAUAGCUUGAGAAAGGAUACAGCACUUCCUUCUCCUGAGUGGUCCUCUGAUCACAUAGCACUGUUAGCUGAAUUCCGCUGCAAGCCCCGAACAAGACGUGGAUGAUGCAAUCUUGAACAUGCAGGUCCGAUAUGAAAACGAUAGAAGAAUGAAGAGAACCAACUGAUAAAGAUAGUUCAUAUAAAUUGUUAGAAUGUGUUACAUCUUCGGGUAUUGAUCCUUGAGUUGUUUUACUUUGUAUUAUGCUACCUUGCCCUGAUAGAAAAUCAGAUGGUUUACUUUGUAUUAUGCCACCUUUUUCUGAUAGAAACUUGUGACUUGUGAGUGUGCCUCAUCCAGUUUCCAAAGUUACAAGGAAUAUCUCGCAGCAAUAGAUGCCGAGUACACAUAGCACUUCCGAUAUCUGCUUAUCAUCUACAGCAGUUCAUUAAUUUUGUUUUGCCAGGCAUUAUGUAAUAUGGAUGUCAAUUGUGGACUAUGAAAUUGUUUGCGGUGACCUUAUUUUCGUUUAAGAGUAUGCUUAUUGUUGCUUAAAGCAACCCCAUUUUUGACUUUA